AUGCUCGUCACAGGUACAGCUUCUAUUUAUCGGAUCAUCUGCUCUGCGCCUCCUGCUAACGCACUCACGUUUAUAGAGCUGCCCAAGUUCGACCUCGAUCUCUAUAUCCAAAACUACAGCGGACGGACACGGUUCGACCGUCUACUACUAAUAGGCAAGAGCUGCGUGCCUCUGCAACUAGAUGCAUUGAAAGCUGCAAUCGCAGAAGCAAAAAGCGGAAGAGAUGUAUCACGUUACAAACAGGCUUGGGACUGUAUCCGCAAGCUGGCUCCCGACGAACCCGAAGCCACGCGGGACGAGGCUUGGAUCGACGCCACCGAAAAGUCAAACAAGGCCGAAACGCAGCGUCUGGAAUCGGAGCUCAAGGGCUAUAAAAAUAAUCUUAUUAAAGAAAGCAUAAGGAUGGGCAAUGAAGACCUCGGUCGUCAUUUUGAGGCCAUAGGUAAGCUUAACGACGCGACCGAGGCCUACAGUCGCAUGCGCCAAGAUGUUAGCACUACGAAACACAUCAUUGAUUGUGGCAUGCACCUCGCCAAUGUGUCGCUUUAUCGCCGAGAUUGGAACAUGGUCCUCACCAACAUUGGCAAAAUCACCGGCGUGCAAUCGCCAGACGAAGAGGAAACGUUGCAAUCAUUUGUUCGACUUCUCUCGGGUAUCGCUCACCUGAAUAUUGGCAGCUACCUAGAGGCAGCAAAAAAUCUACUCCUCACGGACUUCGCCGUGCCCCCAGCUCAGUACAAUCACGUCACCAGUCCAAACGACAUUGCCGUUUAUGGCGGUCUCACGGCGCUCGCCACCAUGGAUAGAACCGAGCUUCAGCGUCGCGUACUAGACAAUCAGUCAUUCCGGACAUUUUUGGAGCACGAGCCUCAUAUUCGCAAAGCCGUGAGCCUGUUUGUCAGCGGCCGCUACUCCAACUGCCUCUCCAUUCUGGAGUCUUACCGCUCAGACUAUCUAUUGGAUGUGUAUCUGCGGCAGCACGUCAAGGAUCUCUACAAGCGGAUUCGCACAAAGUGCAUCGUGCAAUAUUUUCUUCCCUUUUCACGCAUCACUUUGGAAAGCCUCGAUGCUGCAUUCGGGCUACCCGGCGAGUCUCUGGAGGAGGAGCUUAUGGCUAUGAUUCGCAAUGACUUUUUGAAUGCACGCAUCGACGCCAGAAACAAGUUACUUGUUGCGGUUCAGCCAGAUCCACGUGCAGACAUGCAGCGGCAGUCACUGAAAGCAGCAAAAAAGUAUGAAAGAGACGCCACCGAGCAUCUGCGACGUAUCAAUAUCAUUUCUGCCGGGCUUGAGGUGCUCCCGGGCAAGGUGGAGAAACCUGGACCUCCGGACGAAUGGUUUGAUGAAAGGGCGAACGUGGCGUUGAUGGAAAGCAUGGAGACUGAGGAAAGCACCAAGGUUCAAGAGGCAUAA